UGGUGCGUCCUCACUCCUCACCAUGUGCAAGGCCACGAGUGUUUGACUAGGGAGGAAGAAGGGGAUGGAGGCGUCUGGAUGGAGCACCAGCCUGAGCUCGGGCAUCGUUCUGAGCCUGGUCGCCGUGGUAUGGACCAUGCUUUGGAACAACCUCCAGGGCCUGCAGCUGCAGCAGUUCGUCAGCCGCCACCUCAGCCGCCACGCCCGCCGUCUCGCCGCCAUCGUCGACCCUUACCUCACCGUCACCAUCGCCGAGUACGACGGGGGCCGCAUGAAGCGCAGCGACGCCUACAAGGAGGUCCAGGCCUACCUGCAGCGCGCCACCUGCGCGACCGGCGGCGGCGUGCGCCACCUCAAGGCCGAGACCGCCAAGGAUGUCGACGCGCUCGUGCUCAGCAUGGGGGACAACGAAGAGGUCGCCGACGCGUUCCGGGGCGCCACCGUCUGGUGGCUCGCCUACUCCACCCCGCCGCGGGAGGACAACGCGCCGUCCUACUGGGGCGGCGGACGCGCCGCGCGCGCCGACCGGCGCUUCUACCGGCUCUUCUUCCUCGAGCGCCACCGGGAUCUCGUCCUCGGGGAGUACCUCCCGCACGUCCGCCGAGAGGGCCGCGCCGUCAUGGUCAAGAACCGCCAGCGCAAGCUCUUCACCAACCUCUCCGGCGACGGCUAUGAUGCCGACGGGAUGUGGUCGGAAAGUGUGUGGAGCCAUGUUGUGUUCGAGCACCCCAAGACGUUCGCCACGCUCGCCAUGGACCCGGCCAAGAAGAAGGAGGUCAUGGAUGACCUCGACGCGUUCCGGAAAGGCAAGGACUACUACGCGCGCGUCGGCAAGGCAUGGAAGCGCGGGUACCUCCUCUACGGCCCGCCUGGCACCGGCAAGUCCACCAUGAUCGCCGCCAUGGCCAACCACCUCGACUACGACGUCUACGACAUCGAGCUCACCUCCGUGCGCACCAACACCGACCUCCGCAAGCUCUUCAUCGAGACAACCAGCAAGUCCAUCAUCGUCAUUGAGGACAUCGACUGCUCGCUCGACCUCACCCGCGCGCGCAAGAAGAAGAAGAAGGCCAAUGACGACGGUCAGAAAACCGACGGGGACAAGAAGGACGGCGUCGAGCCGCCGGACGAGGAGAAGGAGGCGGGCGGUAGCAAGGUGACGCUCUCUGGGGUGCUCAACUUCAUCGACGGGCUCUGGUCGGCGUGCGGCGGCGAGCGCAUCAUUGUCUUCACCACCAACCACGUCGAGAAGCUGGACCCGGCGCUGAUCCGGCGCGGCCGCAUGGACAAGCACAUUGAGAUGUCCUACUGCUGCUUCGAGGCAUUCAAGCUCCUCGCCAAGGUCUACCUCGACGUGGAGUCCCACCACCUCUUCGACGCCGUGGAAUCGCUGCUGCGGGAGGCAAACAUGACGCCGGCGGACGUGGCCGAGAACCUGACGCCAAAGAGCAUCGACGACGACGCAGACUCGUGCCUCGCCGGGCUGGUGAAGGAGCUAGAGAAGGCCAAGAAGAAGGUGCUUGCAAAGAAGGAAGGAAAGCGGAAGGAUGCAGCGGACGGGGCAGACGACGACGACGACGACGAGUAGUACGCCCGCCAGUGUUGAAUUGACUGGUCUCUUGCUUACAGUUCUUGCCUUGCUCUCUAGCUUUAGGCUGCAUCAUUAGAUUUUUGUACUCACUUUCUCAUAACGUCGUCUCAUUCAUUGCCUUGUGUUGAUUUUCCCAAGAAUACUCGACGCCGCUUUGGUUGA